AUGUGCCAAACAAGGAAGUGCAUCAAUGACCAGACUCUCGAUGUCUGGCUUGAUUCAGCUUUGUUCUUUGUUGGGGACAAAGUGCUCGUCAUUCUUCUUUUGCGCCAGUGGGAAGAUGCACUAGCUAACGUCUCGUCCUUGCAUAUGGCUGCAGGUUUGCCUUGA